UCCACGUGUGUUGCCCGUGUCAACACGCACCAAAGACACAUUUUCAAGCUCAUUAAAUUUUCCGUGAAAGUUUAAAAGUAUUUUCUCCCCUCUCUCUCUAUUAAAUCAAUGAGAAUGAAAAACUAAAAAUGAAAAUUUAUAUUUUAAUCAAGUAUCACUGUGUCGGUGAGUGAUAACCAUUCAUGCUCGAUUACGAUUGCCAUCAAGAAUAUCUCAGUGACUAUAUAUUGUGGACAGAGUAUCUACGUGACAGUAUCAAAUGUGAUCUUGAUGUGUGUUAAACUCCCACAGCCUAGUGCGUCUUCAUUAAAUGUCUCACAAGAGACCCGCGAUGAAACUGCAAAAGUAUCAAAUUUAUUUAAUCGAGUGUUAAUUUUUAUCAAGUGCGGACGAGGGCUAGUAAAUUCCCAACUUGUGUAUUCAGUAAUUAAAUCGAGUCCGGAGUAUCGCAGUCUCGUCGAGUGGGAAACAAUGAAAUGUUCAAAUUGAUAUUCGAGAUCUCUUACUUAGUGUGCACAGUGUACGUCAGUCAGAACUACCAACUGCUGCUGGAUGCCUUGAUGGAAUAGUUAGACAGGAGCAGACCACCGAGGCACUUUACCCUUUCGUCGUCAACCUUUUGAACGUAGACACAGAAAUAUUUUACCAAAACCACUGACUGUGGACGACAGCUUUUUACCAGAAAACGAACCACUGGAUCCAGGAUCAAACGAGUCGAAGAUCGUUCGGUAGCAGAUGGAAAUUUUUUGUUUCAACGGCUCCCUAACCUCCAGAUCGAUAUCGCUGGGUUGAUGGUGGGGCUGAAUCACUUCCCAAUAUUUUCAUUGCUGCUGCCAAAAGGGAAAUGAUUUUCCAGACUGAAAAAUGGUCGCAAUAAAGUUGGGUUCGGUCUCGAUCCAUUUUAUCCACUCGUUAUUAUCGAGGGUUACGUGACAUCAAAAUUUUUAAUAGUAAAUUGAAUAAUAAUUUAUCUACGACUUUGGGGAAGACAAAGGAUAUGGAUUUCCUAACGUCCCAGGAGGAGCAGGAGUACCAGGAUUUCUGGAAUUCUCUUAAUAAUGAGAAUCUAACGGAAGAGGAGUACCUCAGUCGGGUUCUGGGGCCAAAACAUUUACCACCAAAACUCGUGAUUCCGUUGACACUGGCAUAUGUGACGAUAUUUGUGAGUGGAGUUGUUGGCAAUUUUGCUACUUGUGUUGUCAUUAUAAAACAUCCGACUAUGCAUAGUGCGACGAAUUAUUAUCUCUUCAGCUUGGCAAUAUCGGAUUUGAUUUUACUGUCUCUAGGUUUACCCAAUGAGCUCAGCAGUAUCUGGCAACAGUAUCCAUGGGCGCUGGGUCUGGGCCUUUGUAAAAUCCGAGCUUACGUAUCUGAAAUGUCAUCUUAUGUUUCCGUGCUCACAAUAGUCGCAUUUUCAAUGGAACGUUAUUUGGCUAUAUGCCAUCCGCUGCGAACGUAUUCAAUGAGUGGACCAGAGAGACCAAUUAUGAUUAUUCUAGCUGUGUGGUUGAUCGCCGUUGUUUCAGCACUUCCGUUCGCAAUUUAUACCAAAGUCAACUACGUUGAAUAUCCUCCAGAUUCUGGAAUUGAUUCUGCCAGCUCUGCAAUUUGCGCAAUGCUCCUUCCUGACAUGCCCCAUUUUCCAUUGUACGAGCUAAGUUCUGUGGUAUUUUUUCUCAUUCCGAUGCUUAUUAUUCUUAUUGUGUAUACGAGGAUGGGAUUGAAAAUAAGAAAAAGCACGAGGAAUUCACCAACAGGUGAAUCUUCCGCACACUGGGAUUCUCGUCAGGUUCAAUCUAGAAGAAGUAUUAUCAGAAUGCUAAGUGCUGUUGUGAUCAUGUUCUUCCUCUGCUGGGCACCUUUUCAUGCCCAACGAUUACUCUACGUAUAUGCUCAAGAAGCUGAUUAUUAUCCUGAUCUCAACGAGUGGCUGUAUAUCUUCAGCGGGUUCUUAUACUACUUCAGCACGACGAUUAACCCAAUUUUAUACAAUCUCAUGAGCCUGAGAUAUCGGAAAGCAUUCAGGCACACGAUUUGCUGCAGCAAAGCCCGGAACGGACGCCGGGGAGUUCAUGGGCGUGAAUCAGAUUUAUGUCGAUGUGACUCACAAAGGACUCCCCAUACUCUCACUAUACGCUGUUCCGUUAGACAAACCAUUGAUCAAGCCAAAAACAUGUUUAAAUUGAAUAAAAAUCCUCCCGAGCAUGAGAAGGAAACGAAGUUGCCGAUGGAUGUGCACAAGACACGAGAUUCAAACAGGAAUACGAUUAUCAAGCCCCUACUCGAAGAUCAACAUCCACUCGUUGGGGGGAAGACAAGUUGCGAGAGCACUACUUCUGGCGAUAAAAAUCGAGAAUCGAUUUCUACUGUCUGCAGCUUUCCGUGAUUUUCCAUUGUUGGCACAGAAUUAAGUUCAACGUAUGUUGAACUUAAUUCUUCAAAUACCCACAUAAUUCAAUUAAAAUAGAGACAACUGGUUGUACUUAAAAGUGUAAUUAUUAAUUUUUCAUCACAAGGUGUGUCGGAAAAAUCUAUAAAACUGAAUGAGUAAAUCAAUUAAAUACUGUCAAAAUAUU